AUGGACCUCACCUUCGCCUGCUUCAUUGUGGCCGCCAAGAUAAUCCUCUUUGCGACAACACGUUACGGCAUUGCUGGUACCAUCCGAAUUUUAUACCUGUGCUUUCAGCUCGCAAGACAUGGCCUACGCGUUUGUCAGAGGAAAGUACGACUGUUCUUUCUGAAAAUACGGUUUUACUUUCUUAUGCACUUCGACCUUUCGCGUGCAGCAAAGCUGGUCGCAGCCCGCUUCGCCUUCUGGAUUCCGAUCACGGUGACUAGCCCGCUUGCAAUUGCGAUGCUUAGCAGGGGCUCUCUUCACCACCUGGCUGCCUAUCUCCUGUCCCUUGCCAUAUGGGUCGUGGUGUGGCCCUACUUGCACAUCGGGUCUGCACAGCAUCUUGCGUCGAUGCGGGACAAUUACGGGAUGAGAAGACUGUGGGCUUGCGCCGUCACCGGGAGGGCCAUGUAUCCUGACAGCACUCUGGCGGAACGGCUCCUACGCCUAGCCGACUCAAUAUACUACGACAUCGGAGGGAACUGGGGUCGGGCAGUUAGAGCCUUCGCACAUCCAGGAGAGACGAUAGGAACAUUCGACAAUGGAUUAAACAUCUACGUCCGAUGGAUCAGACAACAUAACCCAGGCCUGCUGGAAGCCAUCAGACAAGAACGGGUAGGAUAG